CGGCCCUUAUCGUCUUGUUUGUGGAGUGAGAGUGAGUGGGUAUGGAGCUUCAUUUUGCAGGCGCACCGUAUUUGAUGAAAGAAGGUAUAAAACGGCGAGAUUUGAUUAUCAAAUCAUCAAGCAGUAGUACUUCACAAGGGCUGCAGAAAUGUUCAAAGAAAAACCUUUCUCGUAUACUUAGAACAGAAGCCGCCAUUAGAGGUAUCCACAGGAAAGCCAACUCAGAAAAAUACACUAAUCUUUGGCCCAAGGCCGUUCUGAAGGCUCUCGAUGAUGCUAUUAGGGACAAUCGCUGGGACUCUGCUCUUAAGAUUUUCGACCUUCUUCGCAAGCAACAUUGGUAUGAGCCAAGAUGCCAUACAUAUGCUAAGCUUUUGGUAAUGCUCGGCAAGUGCAAGCAGCCAAGUCAAGCUAACUUGCUUUUUGAGAUUAUGCUAGCGGAUGGGCUUCAACCAACAGUAGAUGUUUAUACUGCACUUGUAAAUGCAUAUGGUCUUAGUGGCCUCCUUGAUGAGGCUCUGCGAACUAUUGAUGAUAUGAAAUCAGUUAGUAAUUGCAAGCCUGAUGUGUAUACUUACUCGAUCCUAAUUAAAUGCUGCACUAAAGUUCGUCGUUUUGAUAUGAUUGAAUGCAUUUUGGCUGAGAUGGUGUAUUUGGGAAUUGAAUGUAGUUCUGUGACAUACAAUACCAUAAUUGAUGGCUAUGGUAAAGCUAAGCUAUUUGAGCAGAUGGAAUGCUCCUUGACCGAUAUGAUAGAAAAUGAGACUGCCUUUCCAGAUGUUUUCACCUUGAAUUCAGUAAUUGGGUCCUAUGGCAGCUGUGGGAAGCUUGAGGAAAUGGAGAAGUGGUUUGAAGAAUUUCAGGUAAUGGGAAUAAAGCCAGAUGUUAUGACAUUUAACAUUCUAAUCAAGUCAUAUGGAAGAGCUGGCAUGUACCAGAAAAUGGAGUGUGUACUUGAUUUCAUGAGGAAUUGGUUCUAUUCUCCAACAGUUGUGACUUACAAUAUCAUCAUUGAGACAUUGGGGAAAGCUUGCCUCAUUAAGAACAUGGAACAGUUUUUCCUACAGAUGAAGCAUGAAGGGGUGAAGCCAAGUUCAUUCACUUAUUGCUCUCUUGUCAGUGCGUAUAGUAGAGCUGCACUUAUGGAAAAUGUUGAUUCAAUCAUGAGGCAAGUUGAGAAUUCAGAUGUAGUUCUAGAUACUCCUUUUUUCAAUUGCAUCAUCAGUGCUUACGGUCAAGUUGGUGAUAUAGAGAGGAUGGUGGCAUUGUUCUUGGAAAUGAAGGUCAGAAAAUGUAAACCAGACUACAUCACAUUUUCUACCAUGAUUCAGGCGUACAAUUCACAAGGAAUGACUGAAGCUGCAAUGUACUUGAAGACAAAAAUGAUGACUUCUUGUGGUACUAGUACUAUUUAGCCUCUGUUUCUCCUGUCCAUAUCAUUUUGCUUCAUAAAAAUCAAAUGAAUUGAUCAGCAGCUAGUACAAUCUAUCUGCUACCGAAGGGAACCGUUCACUUGGAAUUCUGUUCAUCAAUCUCAAUGUUGUGAAAGUGGGCAGAGUGUUAUCUGCAUGUGAGCUUAAGGAUGAUAUAGAAAUCCGUUAAUCAGAUGGCAUGGAUCCAAGGAAAAGAACAUUCAUAUGUAUCUACAGGUAAGAGAGGGAGGGAGCAGUUAAAGUUCUUCUGCUUACUAUGUUCACGGAACAGCCAAACGUGCUGUGAUGUCUGUAGUUACAACCUGUGGGUUCAUAUUCAGUUGAAAACCUCAGUUAUGCUUGGGUGAAUGAAGAUUUUAUCAGUAGUGGGUGAUUACGAUGGAUAAUUAACUCCUCGGUUACAUUGAGGGUCUACACUAUUUCAGCUGCCACUGUGGGGUUGUCUACUGCAGUACUAAUAGUCAUGCAGCAAGGCCUUUUUUUUUUUACUAACCAGAGCUGACUCAACCAUACAUAUGGGUUUUGAACAGGUCAGUGAUUUAACAGGACUGACUUCUUUCGAAAGAGCAAAGCCAUGGGAAAGAUGGAGCAUUAUUAGGACACUUGCUGAUUCUUCCUUCUAAGUCGGUUUGUUUUACCUCUUACUGGUUGCAAGUCUUGAGCAACAGAUAUAUAGAGCAAUAUAGUGUAAGAUAGUUUUACCAUUUUUCAGACCCUCGCCAUUUCACUUGUUACUGUGGAAAUGAAUUACAGCAUUAUGUUUGAUAUACUACUUGAGCAGCGGGUGAACAUCACUUAUUUUACUUUGCUUUCUUAGAAGUGGAUUAAAAUGUCCAGACACCGUUUGACUUUCUGUAGAGCUGCAAUCGCCAAACGACCUGUGGAUGGACCUUAUUACAACACAUAUGUACAACCACUCCAAUUUGUAUAUUGUAAUUGGAGAAGUUCUUCUACUUCAA